GAGUACCCUUUUGUUCUGGAUCCGUUCCAGCGCGAGGCCCUCCUGUGCAUCGACAACAACCAGUCUGUGCUGGUGUCGGCUCACACCUCGGCUGGAAAGACCGUCUGUGCUGAAUACGCCAUUGCCCUGGCGCUCAGAGAGAAGCAGAGGGUGAUCUUCACCAGCCCCAUCAAAGCUCUCUCUAACCAGAAAUACAGAGAAAUGUACGAGGAGUUCCAGGAUGUUGGUCUGAUGACGGGAGACGUCACCAUCAACCCCACCGCCUCCUGCCUCGUCAUGACCACAGAGAUCCUGAGGAGCAUGCUGUACCGAGGCUCUGAGAUCAUGAGGGAAGUUGCCUGGGUCGUUUUUGAUGAGAUCCACUACAUGAGAGACUUAGAGCGUGGUGUUGUCUGGGAGGAAACCAUCAUUCUACUUCCUGAUAACGUGCAUUACGUCUUCCUGUCGGCCACCAUCCCCAACGCCAAGCAGUUUGCAGAGUGGAUUUGCCACCUUCACAAGCAGCCAUGCCAUGUCGUGUACACUGAGUACCGUCCCACUCCUCUGCAGCACUACAUCUUCCCAUCAGGGGGCGACGGACUCCACCUGGUUGUGGAUGAGAACGGAGACUUCAGAGAGGAUAACUUCAACACGGCCAUGCAGGUGCUGAGAGACGCCGGGGAUUCUGGGGGAAGUGGAGGAGGAAAGUGGGACCCGCGAAGGAAAGGAGGCACCAGAGGUCCGUCCAGCGUUUUUAAAAUCGUGAAGAUGAUCAUGGAGAGGAACUUCCAGCCUGUCAUCAUCUUCAGUUUCAGCAAAAAGGAGUGUGAGGCGUACGCUCUGCAGGUGGCCAAGCUCGACUUUAACACAGAUGAAGAGAAGCGUAUGGUGGAGGAAGUGUUCAGCAACGCCAUUGAUUGUCUGUCGGACGAGGAUAAGAAACUCCCUCAGGUGGAGCAUGUGCUUCCUCUGUUGAAGAGAGGCAUAGGAAUCCAUCAUGGAGGCCUGCUGCCCAUCCUGAAGGAAACCAUCGAGAUCCUGUUCUCUGAAGGACUCAUCAAGGCGCUUUUUGCUACGGAGACGUUCGCCAUGGGCAUCAACAUGCCGGCCCGCACCGUCCUCUUCACCAGCGCCCGGAAAUUUGACGGCAAGAACCAUCGCUUUAUCACAUCGGGCGAGUACAUCCAGAUGUCUGGGCGAGCCGGCAGGAGAGGAAUGGACGACCGAGGAAUCGUUAUCUUCAUGGUGGACGAAAAGAUGAGUCCAUCGAUCGGCAAACAGCUUCUCAAGGGCUCCGCAGACCCGCUAAACUCUGCCUUCCACCUGACUUACAACAUGGUGCUGAAUCUGCUGCGAGUCGAGGAAAUAAACCCUGAAUACAUGCUGGAGAAAUCUUUCUACCAGUUCCAGCAUUACAGAGCGCUGCCUGGCGUCGUGGAGAAGAUCGAGAAGUACGAGGCGCAGUACAACAGCAUCGAGAUCCCCAACGAGGAGGGCGUGGUGACGUACUUUAAGAUCCGACAGCAGCUCGCCAAGCUGGGGAAAGAGAUCCAGGAGUUCACGCACAAACCCAAAUACUGCUUACCCUUCCUGCAGCCCGGCAGACUGGUCAAGGUGAAAAAUGAUGACGCUGACUUUGGCUGGGGAGUGGUGGUGAACUUUUGCAAGAAGUCGAACGUGAAGUCCAGCACGGACUCUGAGCCUCUGUACGUGGUGGAGGUUCUGGUUCACUGCAGCAAGGACAGCGUGAAGGAUGCUGCCACUGAGGCGGCUAAACCUGCAGCUCCAGGAGAGACCGGGGAGAUGCAGGUGGUCCCAGUGAUGCUGCAUCUCCUGACCUCCAUCAGCUCCGUCCGUCUCUACAUCCCCAAAGAUCUGAGGCCCUUUGACAACCGGCAGCUGAUGCUCAAGUCCAUACAGGAGGUGCAGAAGCGCUUCCCGGACGGCGUUCCUCUGCUGGAUCCCGUGGACGACAUGGGCAUCAAAGACCCGGCGCUGAAGAAGGUGAUCCAGAAGGUCGAGGCCUUCGAGCACCGCAUGUACUCCCACCCUCUGCACAGCGACCCCAACCUGGAGGCCGUGUACUCGCUCUGUGAGAAGAAAGCUGUG